ACGUAGCUGCAUGUCAACAUGGUCGAGGAGAGAAGCGGAGCAGCCACGAGUUGAUGUGGCACUCAGGACAGCAGCCCAAACACACUGAACUUGAACCUGGAGACGAAGUUUAGUAGUUUGCAGAACAGGUUUAAAGAGCGUGGCCGCCAUGUUGCUGCAGAGACUGUCUCUAUGCUCCCGGCUCUCUGUGGGCCCAAAAAGCCUCCGGACCUCCACAAGAUCUGUUUCACAGGGAAAGAAUCCCUCUACCUCUCCAUUUGUCAGACUCCAUGCUGUUCGUCAAUGGAGUAACGUGCCUUUUCUUACAGUGCCACUGGCGCGUGCCCAUGGUAAGUCAUUCGCCCACCGCAGCGAGCUUCGCCAGGCCAAAAGGAUUGUGGUCAAGCUGGGCAGUGCUGUGGUAACUCGAGGUGAUGAGUGCGGCCUUGCACUUGGGAGGCUCGCCUCCAUUGUUGAACAGGUGGCGAUGCUGCAGAAUCAGGGCAGAGAAAUGAUGAUCGUCACUAGUGGAGCUGUGGCAUUUGGGAAGCAGAGACUCAGGCAUGAGAUUCUUCUCUCUCAGAGUGUCAGACAGGCUCUCCACUCUGGACAAAAUCAGCUCAAAGACAUGUCUCUGCCCGUUUUGGAGGCAAGGGCAUGUGCCGCUGCAGGCCAGAGUGGACUGAUGGCUUUGUAUGAAGCCAUGUUCACUCAGUACAGCACCUGCACAGCACAGAUCUUGGUCACAAACUUGGACUUCCAUGAUGAUCAGAAGAGAAGGAACCUGAACAGCACCUUGCAUGAGCUGCUGCGUAUGAACAUUGUGCCCAUCAUCAACACCAACGAUGCAGUGGUGCCUCCUCCAGAGCCCAACAGCGAUCUGCAGGGGGUAAACGUGGGUACAGAACAGAGGGGAUGGGAAAAGGGACUGGCAAACCACCCCAAUUUCCCAGUGGCCAUUGAGAGCUGCAUGCAGGUCAUAAGCAUCAAGGACAAUGACAGUUUGGCAGCUCGGCUUGCUGUGGAGAUGAGAGCUGACCUCCUCAUUGCUCUCUCUGAUGUAGAAGGUCUUUAUGACAGCCCUCCUGGGACAGAUGAUGCCAAAUUGCUUGACACUUUCUACCCUGGUGACCAGCAGUCUAUAACGUAUGGCACAAAAUCCAGGGUUGGCAUAGGUGGAAUGGAAGCUAAGGUGAAGGCUGCUCUUUGGGCUCUUCAGGGGGGCACUUCCGUAGUAAUUGCUAAUGGCACCCACCCCAAGGUCACUGGGCAUGUCAUCACUGACAUUGUGGAGGGCAAGAAAGUGGGAACAUUCUUUUCAGAGGUUAAGCCUGCUGGGCCCACGGUGGAGCAGCAGACAGACAUGGCUCGCACUGCAGGGAGGACUCUGGCUUCCUUACUCCCAGAGCAGAGGAGUGAGAUCAUUUACACCAUGGCUGACCUUCUGACUGAGAAAAAAGAAGAAAUUCUUUCUGCCAAUAAGAAGGACAUGGAGCUCGCUAUUAAUUCAGGGCGUAUGCCUCCUUCGAUGCUGAAACGGCUGAGCUUGUCCACAUCUAAACUGAACAGUCUGGCCAUUGGCCUUCGGCAGAUUGCAGUGUCCUCUCAGGACAGUGUGGGAAGAGUCCUGCGAAGGACCCGUGUGGCCAACAACCUGGAGCUAGAGCAGAUCACUGUUCCCAUCGGAGUACUGCUUGUCAUCUUCGAAUCCCGACCAGACUGCCUGCCUCAGGUUUCUGCUUUAGCUAUCGCAAGUGGGAAUGCUCUGCUCCUGAAGGGUGGAAAAGAGGCGGCUAACACCAACCGCAUUUUACAUGAGCUAGCCCAGGAAGCUUUGUCCGUGCAUAAUAUCAAAGAUGCCAUCCAGCUGGUGAGCACACGAGAGGAGGUGGAGGAUCUGUGUCGUCUGGAGAAAAUGAUUGAUCUGAUUAUUCCUCGUGGGUCGUCUCAGCUGGUCAGAGACAUCCAGCGUGCUGCUAAGGGCAUUCCUGUGCUGGGCCACAGUGAGGGCAUCUGUCACGUCUAUGUCGACCAUGAGGCCAGCAUUGAUAAAGUCAUCAAAAUUGUCAGAGACUCAAAAUGUGACUACCCUGCAGCCUGCAAUGCGAUGGAAACCCUCCUGGUUCACAGAGAUGUGCUCCGAACUCCACUUUUUGACCAGAUCAUUGACAUGCUGAGAACAGAACAAGUGAAGAUACAUGCUGGCCCCAGGUUUGCAUCAUACCUGACGUUCAGCCCUUCAGAGGUGAAAUCUCUGCGUACAGAGUAUGGAGAUUUGGAGUGCUGCAUAGAAGUGGUGGACAGCAUGCAGGAGGCUGUAGAUCACAUUCAUAAAUAUGGCAGUUCACACACUGAUGUCAUCGUCACUGAGAAUGAGGAGACAGCAGAGCAGUUUCUGCAGUUGGUGGACAGUGCCUGUGUGUUCUGGAAUGCCAGCUCACGGUUUGCAGAUGGAUAUCGCUUUGGUCUUGGUGCGGAGGUUGGCAUCAGCACUGCUCGUAUCCAUGCCCGCGGGCCUGUGGGACUCGAAGGGCUCCUGACUACUAAGUGGGUUUUGCGAGGAGACGGCCACACUGCUGCAGAUUUCUCUGAGCAGGGCAGCAUGAAGUUUCUGCAUGAGAACCUUCCCGUUGCACAACCUCUGACUGGACAGAGAACAUCUAACUAGAGCCACUCCAAAAAAAAAACAUUUUUACGUUGUCACUGCCCAGAUGCUCAUCAUCCACUCCUCAAAAGAGCCAUGUGACCUAAGAUCAGUACUUGUUGGGAGUCCAGUAGCUUAUCUUUUAAUUAGAACAUAAAUGCAUUUGCUUUAAUUCACAACCUACUUCUAAAUGGGUUUUCACAGUUAACAUUUUGGCUAUGCUUCUACCUCAGCUUGUUAAUUGGCCUGAUACAGUAAUGAGCAAACCAUUCAAUUCAGAUAUCUCAAUUUGUAUUUGAUUUGUUCAUUGGAUGCUGUGGCUUACCCAUAAGUUCCAUGUUAUAAGUAAUAACCGUUCAGUAAUGGACACUCUAAUUGUGGCUUUCUACCUUCUUAGCUUACAGUAGUAUCCUCCUGUCUUCACAUUUAGCGAAAUGUUUUAAUUUCCUGUGGUUACUCUGGCUCCAUUUUUGCAUUAUUGCUGAGAUUGUGCUUCUGGGCUUAUUAGCAUUGUUCAUCCAUGAUUCUGUAUGGUACUGAUAGUCAUUAAAAUCACAGUAUAGCUGUGUAUGAAUUUUAUGUGGCAAAAACAAAACUUCAGGCCUAUCCAAGAAUAGCAUACUUAUUUUUAACAGUGUAUAGAAUUGUGGUUCUACGCAAAAGUUUGUGCACGCCUUGUCAAAUGGCAUGUUUUAUUGAUUUUCUGAAAAUAAGUUUUUAGAGAACACACUUAUGCACAUUUUAAUACACAUUUAUUGUUUAUUUGCCAAAUUUAGCAUUGGGAAAAGAAUUAAAAAGUAGCUUGGGCAGACAUUGUGGCAUUCUUUGUAUGUGUUAAACUCAAUAAAUAAAUAGAAACUGCAUGCUAAAAAUUGCAGAACAUUAAGUUUAUUUUCUGUAUAGGGUGUGUUAACUUAUUUUCAAUCAACAAAACGUGUCAUUUGACAAGGGCUGGUCAAACUUUUGCUAACGAUGGUAUGUGUUUAUUUGUAGUGCCCACCCCACCACGUCAAAUACAGAGAAAGUGCACCAUGACUGUUGCUAAUAUGAUGUGUAGUAGAUCUGUGCUUUGUGAAUUUAUCUGUUUCUGGGGAGCUGUCCUGCUCAAAGGAACAAUAAUAGCAAGAGUGAACUUAAAUUGUAAAUCGAUCACCUAAGCACAGCUAUACCCAAGACUUGAGUUACUGUCUUACAUUAGUGUAAGUGGACAGUUGCCAAAAGGUGCAGUGCUUUUAAAACCAGUAGUAUAUUUAUUACUUAUGACAGUGUAAUUUAAGAGAGGUCAUGUUUUCAUGAAGGAGGCAUUGUGCUAAAUGGGAAUUGUGGUUGGUUUGUGGUUUUUACCUACAGUACCUAAUUUGAUAAAAAAAAAAGAUAAUCUUCUCCUUAGUAGCAACCAAAAGUAAUUUUUAAAUAUGAAUGUGAUAAUGGGAAUGUGUGGCACAGUAGUCAGCCUCCAGUCGUUUCACCCAAAGCCAUCAUAGGUUUGUCAUCAUAGGUUUGUCAUCAUAGAUUUGUCAUCUGCAUCUUCUGCUGGAGAGUUUAUCAUCUGAUAUGUCAAAGUGCUGUAACAUUCCAAAAGAGUGGCAUUUUGGCGAAAAACAGAACACUGAAAAUGUACAGGACCUGUUGUAUUAUAUUUGCUUUGUACAAUAAACAUUUUGCAUACAUGUC